UAUUAAGUUGAAAAAUGGCCAUGAUUUGGCUUGUUUUAUCAUUAAUUGUGUUAUUGUAUUUCCUCCAACAACUUCUCGGGCCGAGAAGCAAGAAGAGGCUGCCUCCCGGCCCGAAAGGCCUUCCCAUAUUAGGCCAUCUCCACCUCCUGGGGAAGAAUCCUCACCGUGAUUUACACCGCCUGGCCCGAAAACACGGCCCGAUCAUGGGCUUGCGCUUCGGCUUCGUGCCAGCACUCGUCGUGUCGUCUCCCGCUGCAGCCGAACUCGUCCUCAAGACGCACGACCUCGCCUUCGCCAGCCGGCCUGCCAACGAGGCCGCCGCGUGCAUACUCUACGACAAGAGAGACUUGGCUUUCGGGCCGUACGGCCCGUACUGGCGCCAGAUGCGGAAACUCUUCACGUUGAAGCUGCUGAGCAACGUGAAGAUCAGCCAUUUCCAGCCCAUGAGACGGGCCGAGCUCGGGCUUUUCGUUACUUCUCUUAAACGGGCUGCUGAAACCCGGGAAGCCGUUGAUCUCAGCGCCCGGAUUACGGCCCUCAACUGCGACAUUAACUUCUUGAUGGUGUUUGGGAAGAGAUAUUCGACUAUGGAGGACAAAGGAUUCGAAGAGGCGAUCAAGGAGGCGAUGGUGAUUCUGGGGAAAUUCAAUCUGGCUGACUAUUUUCCGUACAUUGGCGUGCUCAAUCUCCAGGGAUUACAUGGCAAGAUGAAGAGAGUGAGCAAGAUUAUUGAUGGAAUUUUGGAAAAAAUAAUUGAUGAGCACGUAAAGAGGAACAAGAAGCAGACAGAUGGAGACAUCGUUGAUACACUGAUGGAGAUUAUGGAAUCCGGAGAAGCGGGAUUUGACUUUGAUCGUCGCCAUGUCAAGGCCAUUCUCCUCGAUAUGGUCGUCGCAGGGAUGGAUACCUCAUCAACAGCACUGGAGUGGGCAAUGUCGGAACUGAUGAAACAUCCAGCAGUAAUGAAGAAACUCCAGGAAGAACUGGAGUCAGUGGUGGGAUUGGAUCAAAUGGUUGAAGAAUCACAUCUUGGUAAACUCAAAUACUUGGAUUGCGUGGUCAAGGAAGCCCUGCGUCUCCAUCCCGUGGGGCCCUUCUUGAUUCCUCAUGAAUCCAUGGAGGACUGCGAGGUCGGAGGGUUCCACGUGCCUAAAAAAGCAAGAGUGAUGGUGAAUGUAUGGGCUAUAGGGAGGGAUCCCGAUGUUUGGCCUGACCCUGACUCUUUUACACCAGAGAGGUUCGUUGGUAGCGAGAUAGACCUGAGAGGCCACCAUUUUGAACUGAUACCGUUUAGUGCGGGAAGGCGGGGCUGCCCCGGGAUACAAUUAGGGCUGACGGUGGUGAAACUGGUGCUGGCGCAAUUGGUGCAUUGCUUUGAUUGGGAGCUUCCAGAUGGGAUGAAGGAGAGUGAUGUGGACAUGACUGAGAAAUUUGGUUUCCUACUUUAUUCUUCUUUUGGAUUGCUUUUGAUGGGUAAUGGCUCAAGGAUGAUCCGGUCCCUAAACUGCCAAGAACUAUGA